AUAAGUAUUAACUAAAGUACUACGACAUCAUAAUUAAAAUUUGUUAUUUUUUUAUAAUUACUGUUAAAAAUAAUGUCGUUAACAUAAUUUGAUAGAAUUUAUAUGAACUGAAGAUUCCUACAACUAUGUCUUUUAAAACCAAAGAUGUUGUCUUAUCCCAGACUCGGCCGACAACUUUAUUAUUACAAAAACACGCAGACUACCUCGCAAGUUACGGAUUAAAUAAAGAUGAUUUUGAGUACUGCAUGACUGAAUAUCUUCGAAUGUCUGGUAUCUACUGGAGCCUUACUGCUAUGGAGUUAAUGGACCAAUCAUCUAGGAUGCCUAAAGAUGAUAUAAUAGAGUUUAUUUCAUUGUGUCAGGACAGUGAAAGUGGUGGUAUUUCUGCAAGUAAUGGUCAUGAUCCUCACAUGCUUUAUACACUAAGUGCUGUACAGGUCCUAGCGAUGUAUGAUAGAUUGGAUGCCAUAAAUAUAGAUGGGGUAGUCAAAUUUGUGGCUUCAUUGCAACAAGAUGAUGGUAGUUUUUUUGGUGACAAAUGGGGAGAAGUGGAUACAAGAUUUUCAUUCUGUGCUGUGAUGACACUAUCCUUGCUUCAUCGCCUUGAUGCAAUAAAUGUUAAUAGAGCAGUUGAUUUUGUCCUCAGCUGUAUGAACUUUGAUGGAGGUUUUGGAUCUAAACCAGGAUCAGAAAGUCAUGCUGGUCUUAUCUACUGCUGUGUUGGUACAUUAUCAAUAUGCAAGCGUAUGGAUGCCUUAAAGGUGGAUGAAUUAGCUUGGUGGCUUUGUGAACGGCAACUACCCAGUGGUGGACUUAAUGGUCGGCCAGAAAAAUUACCAGACUUGUGUUACUCUUGGUGGGUCAUGGCUUCGCUAUCUAUGUUAAACAGAAUUCACUGGGUUGACCAAGAAAAACUAGAACAAUAUAUUUUGGCUUGCCAAGAUUCAGAAACGGGAGGAUUCAGUGAUAGACCUGGAGAUAUAACAGAUCCCUUUCACACUUUGUUUGGGUUGGCGGGUCUAUCUUUGCUAGGAAAUUCUAGUAUUAAACAAGUAAAUCCCACUUAUUGUAUGCCCCAAGAAACAAUAGACCGCCUAAGGCUAGAACCACAGAUAUUACUUAUUUAGAUUUAAUAUUAAAUAUUAUUAUUAUGCUUGUAAAGUGUAUUUAAUACAAAUAAUAGAUAUC